AUGUUACUUUCAAAAUAUUCAUCAUCAAGACAAUUAUUUUCGAAAUUAAUUGAACGAGUAAUUUUAACUCGUUCAGCUUCUUCAACAACAACAAAUGUUUCUCAUACAUCUUCGAAUAAUGAAAAACAAUAUCGAACACCUUUAUCUCUUGAUCCAGAAUUUCGUGUACCACCCGAUAAUGAAAUACCACGCGCUAAAACAUCAGAAAUGAAAGGAAUAACAUUUAAUGUUCGUGAUUUUUAUCAAAAUUAUUUUCCUAAUGAUCCGAUUGAAGCACGUUUACCAACACCAUGGCAUAUGGAUAUUUAUUAUCGUAAACAAUAUUAUAUUAUUGGUGCUUUAAUCGGUGUUUUAUUUGGUAUAUAUGUUUCAUAUCGACGUAUACUUGUUGAUCGUGCACGUAAACGUGAUUGGGAAAUACAUCAUGGUGAUCCAUUAAGUUAUUAUGAUGUUGUUGGUCCAAUUGAUCCAAAUGUGACAAGAAAAGUUUGGGAUGAUCAUCCGGAUAUGCCACGACCACAAGGUUGGGUAUCAAAAGCUCAUACGGAAAAAGAAUUACAUUGA